AUGCCAGCCGAAAGAAAAAAUAACGUUUUAACAUACGAAGGGUGUAAUUAUUUACGAUAUCGCUUAUUAUUGUCAACAUUAUCAGGCAAGCCUGUGCGAAUUACAAAUAUUAGAGUUAAAGAUGACGAUCCAGGAGUUAAAGAGUAUGAAGUCAGUUUUAUUCGCUUAUUGGAUAAAAUAACAAAUGGAUCAAGAAUAGAAUUAAAUGAAACAGGAACUAAUUUAUAUUAUAACCCUGGAUUAUUGUACGGUGGUGAAUUAGAGCAUGAUUGUAGUGUACAACGAGGUAUUGGUUAUUAUCUAGAAGGAAUUAUGAUAUUAGCUCCAUUUUGUAAAAAAGCUGUGGAUAUAAAACUCAAAGGAAUCACUAAUAAUACAAUAGAUCCUUCUGUGGAUAGACUAAAGGCAUGUGCUGUACCUAUAUUAAAAAGGUUUCUGUCUGGUGAUAAUGAAGUUAUCUUUACCAUUAAUAAAAGAGGAGCUGCACCUCUAGGUGGUGGAGAAAUUAAAUUUAAAUGUCCUCCUAGUCGUAAUCUUAGAAGUAUUCAAUUUCAAAAUAGUGGAAUGGUAAAAAGGAUCAGAGGUACUGCAUGUAACAUACGUGUAUCUCCUGCUAUUGCUAAUCGAAUUGUGGAGUCUGCUAAAGGUGUACUGUUAAACUUCUUGCCAGAUGUUUACAUUUAUACAGAUCAUUGUAAAGGUGCAUCUAGUGGAAAAUCACCAGGUUUUGGAGUAACUUUAUCAGCUGAAACAACAACUGAUGUUGUCUUUGGUGGAGAAGCAUUUUCACCUCUAAUGACAGCAGCUUCUUUGCCUUGUGUACCAGAAGAUAUUGGUAAAGAAGCAGCUAUGAAAUUAGUUGAUGAAAUUUACAGAAAUGGUUGUGUAGAUUCAGCUUUUCAAGCCAUGACUGCAAUGUUUAUGGCAUUGGGUAGGAAAGAUAUUUCUAAAUUUGUAACAGGGCCUUUAUCACCAGCAAUGAUACAAUUUUUACGCGAUUUAAGAGAUUUCUUUGGAAUUGUUUUUAAAAUCGAGCCACUUAAAGAAGAAGAUGAAAUAUUAGAACAAGUUGUCUUAACUUGUAUAGGUGUAGGAUAUACUAAUAUAAGUAAACGAACAUUGUAAAAUAGUAUUGUACUUAUUUUUUAUAUGUACCAAUUUUAAAAAUAUAUAUGUUUGUACAUA